CCGUCUCCCUUCCUUCCCCGUCUCCCCCGUUCUUUGCCUGCUGUCACUAAGAGCCAGACUAGCUGCAGACAGGCAGCAGCCAGAGGAGGGGGGAGGAGGAGGAGGAGGGGAAAGGAGGAGGAGGAGGAGGAGGAGGAGGAGAGACUGGGAAUGAGUUGGAAGCAGACGCAGCCUCAGCGCGCAGAUCUGCCCUGCCGGAGACAGACAGAGCGGGGAGGAGGCAGGAUAAAAAGGACCUCUCCUGCUCUGCAUAAGGAAAGCCCCCCUCCCGGCGACUCAGGGGCGAGAUGUAGGGCUUGCAGGAAAGAAUAUUUGCCAUCACAUGCUUGGUUCCAGAGUGCUCAUAUCCACUUGAACUGGUUUCAAAGGGAUACUGUGAUUCUCCGAUGUCUGCCUUGCUUGCCUGAGGGGGAGGUGAAGCUCAAAGAGAACACAGAAGACAAAUGAAGACCACAUCUGGCUGAAUCCUAAGGAAAGUAAGCAAGCAAACCCAGUGAUGUUUUCUGAGCAGAGGACUAGAACUAAAGUUUGAAAGAGAAUUUUAAAAAAACAAUGUGUGGAAUGACUGCUUUCGUUUACAUGGACACAGUGGCCAAAAUUCUCUGGCAGGACGGUUGAGGCAUGUGAUCUGCACUUACCAUUUGAAUUUGACGCACAUCCUUUUUACUGAAGGGCUCAAGGGACCUGGGAACAGGUGGGAAUUGGAUGAUGCCAAAUACCAGCUUGCAGGGAAGAAAUGGACACUGACAAGCAAAGAUGGAAGUGACUUGAUAGCUUCAACUCUGGAAGCUGUCUCUGGAAAGGACAGGUUAAGACUGGAAUCACAAACUUUUCUGGGAGAGCAGUAUGCAGGAAGCUGGCUUUCAGGCCACAAAUGCUUUCACAGAGUGCAAAUUCACCUGCACCAGUGGCAAAUGCUUGUAUCUUGGCUCGCUGGUCUGUAACCAACAAAAUGAUUGUGGGGAUAACAGUGAUGAAGAGAACUGUCUGCUUGUAACAGAGCAUCCUCCUCCAAGUAUCUUCAGCUCUGAACUAGAGUUUGUUCAGAUCAUCAUCAUAAUCGUGGUUAUAACUGUUAUGAUAGUGGUGAUCAUCUGCUUGUUGAACCAUUAUAAAGUGUCAACACGGUCAUUCAUCAGUCGGCAGAGCCAAAGCAGGAGGCAAGAAGAAUCUUUACAACCGGAGGGGUGUUUGUGGCCUUCUGACAGCUCAUCUUCACGUCGGGGAGCUUCUGAGAUCAUGUAUGCCCCACGGUCCAGAGACAGGUUUACUGCUCCAUCCUUUAUGCAGAGGGAACAUUUCAGCCGCUUCCAGCCAACCUACCCGUACAUGCAGCACGAGAUUGACCUCCCUCCUACUAUCUCCCUCUCCGAUGGUGAAGAGCCGCCCCCAUACCAAGGGCCAUGCACUCUGCAGCUUCGGGACCCAGAACAACAGAUGGAACUCAACAGAGAAUCUGUGAGGGCACCACCCAACAGAACUAUAUUUGACAGCGACUUGAUAGACAUUUCAAUGUACAAUGGGGGCCCGUGCCCACCAAGCAGCAAUUCGGGCAUAAGUGCAACCAAUUAUAGCAGUAAUGGAAGGAUGGAAGGACCACCCCCGACUUACAGUGAGGUCAUGGGGCAUUACCCAGGUUCCUCUUUUUUCCAUCACCAGCAAAGCAACGCCCCUCCUUCGUCACAUAGGGGGAGCAGACUUCAGUUUCAACAGAACAAUUCGGAGAGCACAAUAGUCCCCAUUAAAGGCAAAGACAGGAAACCAGGAAACCUUGUCUAGUUUCCUUUUCCAUAUGCACUUGAAGAGAGAUGGAAGAAUCAAGCAGGAGCAUGAUAGAGGUUUCUAUGCCCCUGUGCACAAUAUUGUUUUAAGUUUCAUGUGAUGCGGUUUCGUAAAACCAAACGUGCAAAGCUGUUGUUUCUGAUUCCUUUCAGGGGAAUUGCAUGAAAAGUGGUUUGAAACAACUACAACCUUCCAUUCAGUUUGGCCAUGAGCAGUGUUCUACUUUUCUUUUCUUUUUGGGGGUGGGUGGGGGAAUAUAUUAUUAUUAUUUUAAAUAAACUAUUUGAAUUUAUUUAAUUAUAAGAGGUAACUUAGCACAGAAAUAUGGCUUACACAGCCAGUUUUAUAUUGAGUGAAUGGCUAAAAGAAGAGGACAAGAAAGGGUUACUAGUUAAAUGGGGGCAAAAUUGGCCAGUUUGCUAUCCUUACCCCGCCCUCCCAGAAGUGUGAAUUUUUUAUCUGACUCAGCAUUUCUGUUUUGUGUGCCAAGGUAUAAAGUUAGGGAAAAACCUAGAUGAAUACGAGGAGUUAAUUUGUGUUGUGAUACAAGUGUAUUAAAUUUGCACUAUAUGAGAACUGUUUUACAUGAAGUUCUUCUAUAUGUUGUCUUUUCACCUGUGGAAUAAUGAUUAGCCCCUAGGAACCCUCUUCAGAAAUUUGUCUAGGGCUAGGCUUCUGUUGAUUAAUCAUUGAAAGGGGACUUUGAUUUAAUCAGAUCUUUUACCAUUUUCCAUAAAUAAAUAAACAGCAAAAGACAUCUUAACAUGUUACCUUUUGCAAUAAUUUUUGCAUUCAAAUGGGACAUUGGCAAGUUGUCUUAGAAAUUUAUGAGUGGAAGAAAGCAAAUGUGAAAUUACAGACAUUUCCUUUAGGUGGUUUUUGCUAUAAGCCAUUUGUUUAACUAGAAGCAGAUAAAAAUGCCAGAUGCAUUUACCUUUUUGUGUGUGAUUAUUACUAAAUCUUAUUGCUUGUCCCCCUCUCUUAAAAAAAAAUAAUGCAGUGUCCUUGUUACUUAAAGCUUCUGCAGAUUUUUAUCUUCACUGGAGCCCAUAAUCAGUUGCAUAGCCUGACAUCCUACAAUAAAUGGUUUAAACAUA